AUGUAUCAGGAAACUCAGGGAGAAUGUGAUGUAGAAUUAAUGAAUAAAACAAGGACUAGAGAUCUUGAGAACUCAGAGCAAGCUUUAUUGGAGCUUGAACAACAAGAAGAUCAGGCCAUAAGAGAAGAUGUGCUAACCCCCGUGAGCAGCAAAAAAUUUUAUGCUCACUGAGGGAGCUUAUAGUACAUUUUUUUUCGGAAUUUUAAAAGUAUUCCAAUCUGCGACAUUGGAAAGCCAAUAUUAAAAUUUUAUGUUUAAAAACGCAAGAUGUAUAAAAUUCAACAGAAUUAGCUAGAAAUUUAUUAUAAUAAUUAUCUUUUAUAUAUAAAAAUAUUUUUUAUAUAAAAUUUUUGUUCUCUCACGGAGGUGGGUUCUUAUCCAAAAUUAAGAAUUUCGCUCAUAGAGGGAGGAGAGUAAGUGAUAAGAGAAAUAGUGAGACGACAAUAAAUAAUUAUAUAGAAAACGAAAGAUGCAUUAAUAGUUUGCAUCAAAAAAGAAUUGAAGGGUUUUCUAAAGAAUUCCAGUUGCUGAAAAAAGAAAUUGAGAUGCUGAGAAGGGCUAAUGGAUAUUUAACUAGCUCUAAAUUGCAGAUAGAAAAAGAGCUAUUAAAGCUAAAAAAUGAACUUUAUCAGUGCAAAGAAAUGCUGCAAAUGGCUAAUAUCCAAAAAGAUAUUAUGCGCUGGCAUAAUUUCGUGAGGGUCUCCACCGUUGAGUAGCUGCACAUGUGGGAUUUUGGUUCCACACAUCGGAAAAUGUCCCGAAGUAUGGAGACCCUCCCGAAAUUAUGGCAACAUAUAUUAUUUUGGCGAGAGAAAAGAAUUUUUUAUCAGAGCUUAAUAAGAAAUUGCAAAAUGAUAUAAAUAAUUUACAGUCAAAAGAAAGUUUAUUAACAGUUCCUAACUCUAUCAAUUAAAUAGACAAUUAUUUUUGCUUUAAUUUUAUCUUAUUUAUUUUUUUUUAAUUUAAGAAAUGCCAAAUUAUAAUAAUGGUUAAUUGAUAAUAUUAUCUUUCAUAAAUAAAAUGGCAUCCGGUUCGAGAGAAAUUAGCUCUGAUAAUUUUCUCUCUCCUCAUGGAAUUUUAUUUAUGGGGUUGGGUUUUCUCUCGAGAACUUCAGCACAGCAAUAGCUGUUUAACUUUGGGGAUAACCAAAGGAACAGCUCUUCAGUCGUUCAAGAUUUCGGAGUUUUACCCCUCAGCACUUCUCCACGGGAAGAAGACCCUUAGGCGGAACACGCGCAGGAGCUGAGUCAAGACAGAGCGACGGCAACGCGCCGGGUGAGAUGUGCUGCGGCUUGGGACGAAGCGUCGAUAGAAGGCUUGGCCGGUUGGGCUGACCACCGCGAUUCCAAGAUGGCUCCGUGACGUCACUAGUUAGCUAAAAGUUCCAUUUUGGGACUGCGGCACUAGGCACCUUAAACACCGAAUAAUUAAGUUAAGUUAAGAUAAUAUUAUCUUUCUAGCUCUAGGGGUGUAAGGUGAUUGAGAAUUUUACAAAAAAAUUUGAGGACUGGAAAAAAAUGGAUACAGAAAAUUGCAUUGAGCUGAGAUAUAAGAUGAAUGAUGAGAUUGUAAUGCUUAAAGCUGAAAUAGAAAACCUUAAGUUAAAUAACGCAAAAGACUCUACACAAGAACUUAUAUAUCAAUUAAGCGAAAUAAGCUCUCAACUUAAAGAGAAGAUUGGGCUACUUCAAGUUUAUCAAAAAGAACUAGUCAGUGAAAAGAAAAAGAGACUGGAAUUAGAAGAAAAAGUUUUAGAACAAGAAAACAACCAUAAAAUUGCUGAAGAAAAUUUGCAGCUUAAAGAUAGAAUUAAGUUUCUAGAAGAAAAAUUAAAAGAAAUUGGCCAAAACUCAGCAGACACUACUGAAAAAGACAAAGAAUUGGGCAUUAUUUCUGAAGAAAACCAAAAUUUACUAUCAAAAAUUGAUAAAUUAAAAAAUGAUAGCAAUUCCUUAAAGCAGCAGCUAGGCAUAAAUUUAUCACAGAUUAAAAUCAAAGAUGAUGAAAUAGAAAACUAUAAAAACGAUUUAAAGAAAAAAGAGAAUGAAUUAAAUGACCUUAAAGCAGAAAAUGAAAAUAUUAAGGCUACCUCAAUUUAUGAAUCCAAUACUCUAAAAAAUUUGGUAUCUAUUCUUCAUAAAACAAUGAAAUUAAGAAAGGAGAAUACAAAUAAUGAAGCUCAAUAA